AUGGUUCUUGUGUGCAGUGUUGGGCUUCUGGCUCUGCUGGUGUCGGUCCAGUGUCUGACCCGCGAGCAGCUCUUCGAUUAUGGGAUUCAGUUCGGCGACCGGAUUUUGGACUCCUCGACUGAUUCGGUUAAAGAGCUCGAGCUGCAGCAAACGCUCUACUUCUUCAAAGGAAAGUUCGAUAAAGUUUACGUCAGCACCAAUGGCUUCAUGUCUAUGGCUGAACCCAGUGACGAGUCCGAGUACCUGGGGAAGAUGCCGGCCAGUUUUGGCAUGAUUGCAGCGUUCCUAGGAGAUCUGGAUACUACAGACGGUGCCGGUUAUGUCUAUUUCCGCCAGGAUAAAAGUCCUGAUGUGCUCCAGAGAGCCGCAGAUCACAUUAGGCAAGCGUUUCCCAGUGACGAGGAGAUCGAACCCACUCACGCCGUCAUCGUCACCUGGGAGAAUGUGCUGGGUCAAGGAAGUGAACGAGGAGAUGGAUUUGAGUUUGCGAGAAAUACUUUCCAGCUAGUUGUAGCAAACAUGUAUUCGGCGUCCUACGCCAUCCUGCUGUAUCCAGAGGAGAAGAUGCAGUUCGGUUCCACGCUCAUAGAUGAUGUAGACGUGCCCGUCGAGGUCGGGUUCAAUGAAGGCGUUGUCCCGGGCUGGUUCGGCUGGUCGACAACUCAAGGAUCUUACUACCGCGUCACUGAAGACAGCGAGGAGUCGGUCAGCGCUCUCGCACUGGAGACAAACUCAGGCCAGCCUGGCGUUUGGGUCUUCGAGAUCGGCACGUCUCCGUUGUUCACCUCCAUCGUCCCCGGACAGGUCACGGAGGUCACGUCGGAGGAGACUGUGGUCGACACACCCGCUCCUGAGCCGACGAGCGUUCAGACCUCGGAGCCUCCGUACGAGCCGCUCACGAGCCGCCCAGAGCCGCUCUCAGAGUCGUCCACCCCUGACGAGUUUCAGUACCGUUAUGUGCCGCCGCAGCAGCCUCAGAACCCCGAGGUGCUGAUCAUCGAUGAAGACGAGCUCAGCGUCAACGUGUUUUCUUAUAAUUACGAGACGUGCUCCAGCAACAAGCACAAGUGCUCUGCUUUCGCCGACUGCAGAGAUUACGCCGACGGAUACUGCUGUCACUGUAAACCUGGUUACUAUGGCAACGGCAAGGAUUGCGUCGCCGAAGGCAAACCUCAGAGGAUGAACGGGAAGGUGAACGGCAGACUGUACGUUGGGAAUUCUCCGUCUCCUGUGGAGUUCUCCAACAAUGACCUGCACUCGUAUGUGGUGGCCAAUGACGGCCGGGCGUACAUCGCUGUCAGCAGCAUCCCGGCCAGCAUCGGACCCUCCUUACAGCCGCUGCCUGCUCUCGGAGAGGCCAUCGGAUGGGCGUUCGCACUGGAGCAGCCCAACUAUCACAACGGCUUCAGCCUCAUCGGAGGGGUUUUCACACGCCAGGCCGAGGUGAUCUUCCAGCCCGGCGACGAGAGGCUGACCAUCAGACAGGAGUUCGGCGGCAUCGAUGAGCACGAUCACCUGGUGGUCAGCACACAUCUGGACGGCAGGAUCCCGGAGGUGCCGCGUGGAGCCACGGUCCAGAUCGAGCCGUACAACGAGAUUUACCAGUAUUCCAGCAACCUGAUCACGUCGUCCUCGCGGCGGGACUACACCGUUAACAUGCCUGACGGCAGCGUCCGCAAACACAGCUACCUGUGGACGCAGAGCAUCCGCUUCCAGAGUUGCCCACACGAGGAGCUCAUGAGCUCGGUGCCAGACAGCCAACAGCUCAGCGUCGACCAGAUCUUCGUCAUGUACGACUCCGGCAACCAGCUGAUCCGCUUCGCCAUGAGCAACAAGAUUGGCUCCAUCCACAGUGGGAUCCCAGAGCAAAACCCCUGUUUCACCGGGAGACACGGCUGCGACACCAACGCCGUCUGUCGUCCGGCUCAAGGCAAAGACUUCACCUGCGAAUGCGCCGCUGGAUUCACUGGAGACGGACGGGUUUGUUACGAUGUGGACGAGUGUUCAGAAAGCCCUCAGAUCUGCGGCUCUUACAGCAUCUGCAUCAAUCAGCCCGGAAGCUUCCGCUGUGAGUGUCUGGACGGGUUUCAGUUCGCCAGCGACGGACGGACCUGCGUCGAAACGGAGCGUCCCGUGGAUCACUGUCAGAGAGGAACGCACGACUGCGACGCUCCCGAACGCGCCAGAUGCCGUUACACCGGCGCCUCGUCCUACGUCUGCGCGUGUCUGCCGGGCUUCUCCGGGGACGGACGGGCCUGUCAGGAUGUUGACGAGUGCCAGACGGCCCGUUGCCAUAGAGAUGCCAUCUGCUACAACACCCAGGGCUCUUUCACCUGUCAGUGUCGGCCUGGUUUCCAUGGCGAUGGCUUCAGCUGCACACCUGGUUCUGGCGGCGAGCAGACGGCGUGUGAGCGACACAGAGCCGCGGCGCUGGCCUCGACCUCUUCCUCCUUCCGCCCGCGUCCGGCGCUCGGUCAGUACGUGCCCUCCUGCGACGGCUACGGUGCGUACGAACCCCUGCAGUGUCACGCCGGCCUCGGCCAGUGCUGGUGCGUGGACGUGUCGGGACAGGAGAUUCCCGGCUCCAGAACCGCAGCGGGCCGCAGACCCAUGUGCAUCGAUCACAAUGUGGCUCCGCCCCCCAUUGGCCCCACCCCCAGGCCUGACAUCAGCCCUCUGACUCCCGGAGCAGACCUCUUAUUCGCUCAGAGCGGCAGAAUCGAGCUCCUCCCAUUGAACGGCAGCCGCAUGAGCGCAGACGAGGCCAGGACGCUUCUGCACGUGCCCGGUAAAGUGGUGAUCGCUGUGGCAUACGACUGCGUGGAACAGACCGUCUACUGGUCCGACAUCACACAACCCGCCAUCAGCCGCGCCACCAUCACGGGCGGCCAAACCAGCGUCCUCGUCAGCAGAGAUCUGGGCAGUCCUGAAGGAAUCGCCAUCGAUCACAUGUCCAGAAACAUGUACUGGACCGACUCCAUCCUGGACCGCAUCGAGGUGUCGCGGUUAGACGGCAGCCACCGCCGCGUCCUCUUCGACAAUGACCUCAUCAACCCUCGGCCGAUCAUCGCUGACCCAACCCACGGACACCUGUACUGGGCCGACUGGAACAGAGACGGGCCGAAGAUCGAGCGCUCCAGCAUGGACGGGACCGACCGGACGGUGCUGGUGCAGGACGGCCUGGGGCUGCCCAACGGAUUGACCUAUGACCCCCAGAGCCGGCAGCUGUGCUGGGCCGACGCAGGCACUCGUCGGGUGGAGUGUAUGGAUCCGUUCUCUCGUCUCCGCAGGAAACUGACCGAAGGGAUUCAGUAUCCGUUCGCCAUGGUGUCCUACGGCGGGAAGCUCUUCUACACCGACUGGAGAAGGGAAGCGGUGGUUGCUAUGGAGCAUCAGGAUGGGAUGGAGGUGGAGGAGUUUCUCCCUCAGAGACGUUCACGCACAUACGGCAUCACCAUCAUUUACCCACAAUGCCCUGCAGGCCUGAACUACUGCUCCGCUGAGAACGGCGGCUGUUCGCACCUGUGUCUCCCGCGGCCCGGCGGAUUCUCCUGCCGCUGUCCCGACGCCAGAGACGGAUCGUGCGAGGAGCCGGACCAGAACUUCUGAGCGACGGAGAGAUUCAUUCACAGCGCGUAUCCAUAUCAGGGAUUCAUCUUCCUCAAAAUCCUGCAAAAGUUCGGAACAGUUCUGGUGACACUUUACAAUAAUCUCCAUUAGUUCAUGCAUUUAUUACGGGAUUUAUUCAUGUUUGCUGAUAGAAAUACAGCUGAAGUUCAUGUUAUCCAUUAAAUAAUAUUAACAGACACAACAUUAGAUUUUAAUAAUGCAUUAAUAACGUCGAGAUUAACAGAUGCGGAGUGCCGUUCACUGAUGAUCUUUAUUGUGAAGUUUGAGCAGUUUGUUCAGUUUUUGUCCAGAUUGCGUCUCUAUCGUGAAACUUAAAACCAGAGCAGGUGAAAUAAUAAAUAUGUGUAUAAUAUCAGCAGUCAGUUAUAAUAAAAUAUUAUUAGUUUUUAUAUGCUAAUAUAAUGCUGAUUAUAUGAGUUUAAUUUAAUAAUGGAAAAUUAAUAAAACGAAAAACUUUACAUUUAAACACAAAUAAUUAUUUGAUAUUUUAAGAUACUAAAACUUGAAAACAUGAAUCUGAAUCCAUAGUUAGACGAAUAAAUGUGAUUUUAUUGUAGUUUUUCUUCGGCUCUCGGGAUGCUGGGAUACAUGUAUACUGUGUGUGAGGGGAGAGGUGCAUUCUGGGAUGGAUAUUAUAUGCAAUCAUUCUUAGGUGAAAUGUUAUUUACAACUGUAUUUUAAUCUUGAUGAUUUUUAAAAUGCCAAAGAAAGAUUUUUGUUUACUGUAAAUAUCAGAGGUCUGUGGUCAUGUGAUCAUCUGGUGCUCUGGGGCCGGUCGAGGGCCUCUUUCAGGUCUUUUCUUGUGGCGAGACCCUCAUACGGGAAUCACACUCAUUGUUUACACAUUGCAUUGCAUGAUGGGAGGCGGGAGGCAGCUGCACAGAGGGAGGAAGUGUGUGUUCUGCACAGCUGUUCCAUUAAAACACGUUUUUUAAGA